GCAGGCUGAACGAUGAAGGUGCAGCCAAGGACCAGCAGCAGGCCCUCCUCGCAGACCUGCACGCCAUAGCAGAGGGCGCCCUAGUGGACCCAGGGACGAUCAACAGGGUAGCAGAGGAGGUAAAGAGCAUGGCCAAGCUACUCACAAAGGCGGUGAAGAAGGCGUACAUCCACUGGGUGCAUGACGCCACGGCUGGCAGUGCGAAGAUGGCCCACGCCUACACCAAAGCAGCAGAGCGCAGCCAUCUGGAGGACAUCCUAGAGCACGAGGGCCAGGUCAUCAACCACCCGCAGCAGCUGGUGGACUUGCGCAAAGAAGCAUGGCAACGCAGGUGGACACGAGAUGCGCAGAAGGCCGAGAGGAUCCAAGAGGCGCUGGCCAAGCUGAGGCAGGCUGCCCUGGCCCAAGAGAAUGCCCUCGAGCCCAUCAGCAAGGACAUCAUAGGCUCCAUCAUCCAGCACCUGAAGAGCAAUGCAGGCCAAGGAGCGGACUGGUGGAGGGCUCCAGAGCUCAAGGCCAUGGGAGCCCAGGGGCUGGAAGAUUUCGUGCAGUGCCUGACCAGCUGUGAGCAACGGGCAGCCUGGCCGUGGCAAUUCUACCUGGUGCUGGAGCUGCUGCUGGGUAAGAAGCCAGGGAUCGGGGGAGAGCGCCCCAUCGGCCUCAUGCCCAUGCCGUACCGUAUCUGGAGCGCAGCCAGGAGGCCCAUAGUAGCCACCUGGAGCAAGGCAGCGGCGGGCUUCUGGGAUACGGCAGUAGCUGGCUCCUCAGCGCUACGAGUGGCAAUGCACAGACUUAUGAGGGCAGAAGCCGCCACGGAGAUGGGCUUCCAUGCAGCAGGAGUGUUCUACGACGCGGCAAACUUCUACGACAACAUAGGCCUCGACCAGCUGAUCGAGAAGGCCAGUGCCCUCCAGUACCCUUUGCUGCCGCUGGCAAUGGCCGUGCAGAUGUACCUUGCGCCCAGGGCCAUCAUGGCCCACAGCCUCUUCUCGGACAUCUUUGAGCCUGCCAACAGCAGGGUAGCAGGCUGUGGCCAAGCGGUAGACCUCACCAGACCGCUCUUGUAUGGUAUCCUGGAUGCAGCGCACAGGCACCAUAUCUUCGUCGUCAUGCAGCAGUACCUGGACGACUUGGCCCUGCAGGUAGAGGGCGCGCGGCGGCAGGUCAUUGACCAGAUCAAGCAUGUGGCGGCGCUGGUGCACGAUGGUUUCAAGCAGCUCGCGAUCCCCAUCUCAGUCAAGACGGCAGUGGUGGCCUCGGACAAGGACCUCCAGGCAGAAGUCGCCAGCAUCCUGGACAGCCUGGGCACCCCCAACAAGCAACCAGGGGUAGUGCGCGACCUCGGCGUGGACACCAGCCUUGGGAAGCAACUGCGGCGACCCACCCAUGCCGCGCGCCAGGCCAAGGCCAAGCAGAGGGUGGCCAAGCUCAGGGACCUGGCGAAGACGGACGCCAGAGGCGCGGCAAAGGUCUAUGCAGCAGGUGCCUACUGCCAGCAGGCUUGGGACUUACCAGCGCACGGCAUCACACCCACGGAGGCGAAGUUGGUCAGGGCAACGGAGGCAGCGCUCCUCACAGGCGGACACAAGGCUGGACGCUGCACGUCCACCAUCCUCCUGACCCAGAGGGGUAUGCAAGAGGCAGUAACCCGAGCCAUCGGCGACCAGAUCAAGCAGUUCUGGCUCACCGUAGUCGACCACCCGACGGAGCUCAAGAGGUACCAGAGGGGCUGGCUCCUGCUCUACGCCAAGCUGGGCGCCCUGGAACCCAACCGCAGGUGGCAGCAGGUCAAGGGGCCCAUGGCAGGGGUCAUUGUGCAGUUGCUUGGGUUAGGCUGGAUACCGCGACGCCUGGACAGCUGGAUCAGCCCAGCAGGUGACGAGUGGGCCUACAAGCCAGAUGACAUUCCCCACUUCGGCGCGUUCCUGCAUGAGGUCCAGCAGAGCGCGCAGCGGCAGCUCUGGCAGCAGGCAGCUGGUCAUCGCAGUGGAGAAGGACUUCAGGCUGUAGGCGACCUCUAUCAGCUGCAGCGCCACCUGAGAAGAAGGAGGCGUAAAGGACAGCAUGCAGAGGCAGCAAUGCUGGAGACCAUAGCGGUGGCAGGCAUCUGGACCAGGGAGCGUCGCAGGGCGGCCAACCUCGACCAAGAAGGCGAUGACACCUGCGCGAGAUGCGGCGAGGCGAUAGAGACAGAGGAACACCGCUACUACGCCUGCCCUGCCAACGCAGAAAUAGGGCACAGCAAUGACACCGACCUGGCGAAGAAGGCGAAGGACGCGCUGGACCAGCGGCAGGACCUGCACUUCUGGCUCCGAGGCAUCCCGCCAGCGGCCUGGGCAGCCAAGGUCGACCCAGACGAGGACGCGGCGAAGGCGGCGCAGAUCUUCUGCACCAGUGAAGAGGCACAAGCUGCAGCCCAGUCAGGGCACAAGGAAGUGGCUGCCUGGUACGGCACAAUCAGGGCACCGCACACGGUGCCACGGGCAGAGCUCACCGCCAUGAGCAAAGCCAUCGGCUACACCACGGCGGCGACAGCCAGGGGGCUAAACAUAGUCAGCGAUUGCAAAUACGCCCUGGACGCACUCAAGCAGAUCCAGGACCCUGAGGAUCUGGACUACAGGAGCGCGAACUACGACCUCUGGCUCCAGACGAAGCAGCAGCUACAGAACAGCACGGACACCAUCAUGGGCCACCACAUCCCGAGCCACCUUAUUGAGCACCCAACAGAGCUGGAGAGGUGGAAUGGCCCCACCUGGUGGGUCAUAGGUAACGAGAUGGCGGAUAAGUGCGCAGGCUGGGGGGCGGAGCACGGAGCACUGGAUCCAGCUAUCAUCGUGCAGCAGCAGAUCAGAGACCAGAUCACCAUGGCGGUGCAGACCAGGCUGCUGGCCAUCAACAUGGCGGUGAUGGUGGAGGACCCCAACAAGGCCCCUCAGCGUCCCAAGGCCAAGCGGCGAAAGCCGCAGACGGCGAGGGACAGGGCAGCCCAGCAGGGACACGACCUGCGAAAACUACAUCCGCGAUGGUGGUGUGCAACGUGCCGCAGUGGCCCAGCCAAAGGACAAAGCAUCAGAGACUGGUUGGCAGAGACAGGAAAAUGCCUCGGGAAGUACGGCGGCCACCAGGACCAGCACGGCAACGUCAGGCUCGACUUCAAGGCGGUGCAGAUCGGCACGCAGGUGGUGCACGGCUCCCACAAGACGCAGUACACCCAUGGCUGGCUCUGGUGCGAGAAUUGUGGCGGCACUAGCUACCUUGGGGACCACAAGAGCAGGAUCGUGGCAGGAGUGGCAAGGAAGCUGGCAAGGCCAUGUCAGCCCCCAACAGCAGCAGGGAGGCGAGUCAUGGAGAAUAUGCAGAGGGGCAAGCUGCCUAGAGGAGCUAAGCCAGCAGCAGACCCAGCUGAUGAGGGUCUCGACGAGAUCACCAUGCCAGGUGGCUUCAAGCUCGGCCUGAGCAGCCACGAGGUGAUCGAUCUGGACGGGGACAGCUCAGAGGCAGGGGACCCGCAGCCAGCUCCGCAGCAGCCGCCCAGCCACCCGUACUCUGUCGUCCACGCCAGCUUGAGGCUCGUCGACCACAUGGAGGGCUACGCAGAGCUGUGGAUGAACAUGGUCGACCAAGAGGUCUGGGACGACAUGGACGACUGGAUGGAGCACUGCGUACCGUACCUCUUGGCCAUCACCAAUGUGGGUGGCAGAACGGACACGCAAGAGCAGACCAGGGCCGUCACCGUGCAGGAGAUCCAGCAGAUAAAGGACUUCUGCGAAGAAGUCUGGCGCAACACGCACCGCGCGCGACGGAGGCUCAUGACCAGGAUGCUUACCCUCCCGCAUGGCACAUGGCAGCAGGCAGCUAGAGUGCACAUGGACGCCUUCCACAACAGAAGGAACAACAUCAUAGCGCACAGCAUCCCCAGCAGUGAGCGCAGGCCGCUGCCGAGAACAGCGGAGGCCAGCCGAGAGUGGUCACCAGAGAACCUGGACGAUGAUGACUCGACCCCAGACAGUGAAGCCCCAGAGCUGGAGGGUGAGCCGAGCAGCCAGGAGAUGGAGACCAUGGCGGGACCUGAUCAGAGGCACGACGCCAACAGCCUGAUGCAGACGGCAGUGCAGGUGGCAGUAACGCUGACCAAGCCAGUGGGGCCCGACCUGAUGAAGUUCGUGAGCGAAGCUGACGAGGCCGGCUUGCUCCACCCAAGGCUUCGACACAACAAAGGAGAAGCCGACCAGGACCCCGAGCAGGAGGUGGCGUGGCUCGAGAGGAACAGGCUCGAGCAGCUCAUGCAGUCGCUGGCAGGCUGUUGGAGCCAGAAAGAGGGCGAGCUGGGCUGGCCAUCGUGGCAGGCCGCGUGCGUGCCCCAUGUGAUGAGGGCGCUGCAGACUGGAGUCUAUCAGAGGCUUUUCAGCCACGUGUCAGGGACGAGCCGCCAGCGCAGCCAGCGCCGAGCGGCGGAGGAGAUCUGCCGCCUGGCAUGGCUCAACAGCGGAGAGGAGCGCAGACAGAUCCAGCAGCAGGACCCGAAGGAGGCAGAGCGGCGCAGAGCAACGGCUGAGCAGAUCCUGGGACGCAGCACCAAGGACAUGGCAGACCUCGACCACUUCCCUGAAGAGGAGAACAGAGAGGACAGCCCCCAGCAGGACGAAGACAAGCAGUGCAGCGAUGACAACCACCAGCAGUUCCCAGAUGCACAGCACAGCAUAGGGUACCACCUGGCAGACCGCAGAGGCCACAAAACAGCGCAGCCUGAGAAGGCGGCAGACUACGACGAUACAGACCUGCAGCGGGACUUGAAUAAGAUCGUCGGCGACCCACCCAAGCGGUGA